AUGAUUGCCCAAAAAGUCGUACUACAUAUUCUUCAAUUCUAUUACUUUUUGAAAUUUUCGGCACUUUUGCUAAUUGGUUUUGCAAUUAAAGGACGCGGAUUAUUUGAGAAAAAGACUAGAGAGAAACCGAAAGUUCUGGAAAACUGGGAUUCGAGAUUCAUUAAGUGCAAGAACGUUCGUCUCCAUUAUGUCCAAACUGGUUCGGAUGACAAACCGCUUAUGCUUUUCGUUCAUGGAUAUCCAGAAUUUUGGUAUUCUUGGAGAUUUCAGCUAAAAGAGUUUGCAGAUAAUUAUCGAUGUGUAGCAAUCGACCAACGUGGCUAUAAUUUAUCAGACAAACCAAAACCAGUUGAAUCAUACGGUCUAAAUGAAUUGGUUGGAGAUAUUCGAGAUGUGAUCGAAGGACUGGGAUAUAAAAAAGCGAUAGUGGCUGCUCAUGAUUGGGGUGGCAUCGUUGCGUGGCAAUUCGCAGAGCAAUAUCCGGAAAUGGUUGAAAAAUUGAUCGUUUGUAAUAUUCCAAGACCUGUAGCAUUUGGAAAACGACUCAGAACCAGUUGGUCCCAAUUUAGAAAGAGCUGGUACAUGUUCUUCUUUCAAAACGCUCGAGUUCCUGAACUCUUAUGCUCUGCUGACGAUAUGAAAAUGCUGGAAGGAGCAUUCCGUAGUCCGCAAAUAGGAAUUAGAAAUCGCAAAAAUUUCACUGACGACGAUUUGGAAGCCUGGAAAUACUCCUUCUCGAUGAAUGGCGCUUCUUUUAAGUACCCGAUCAACUAUUAUAGAAAUAUUUUCAAAAAUGUGAAUUCUAAUAAGGAAGACUUGGUUUUGGAGAUGCCUGUCCUAAUUAUCUGGGGAACUGCAGAUGGCGCGUUGGAUAUUGAAGCGGCUGAGGACAGUUUGAAGACUCUCCCAAAUGGAAAAAUGAAGAGAAUCGAAGGAGCAUCCCAUUGGGUUCAACAGGAUGAGCCCGAAAAAGUUAAUGCGUUUAUGAGAGAGUUUUUGGAAGUUUAA